AUGGAAGCCAAGGCUGCGAGUUUCAGUUUGGUUUUGGUUUUGUUUUCUGUGAUUGCGGUAUUUGUUUCUGCUGAUGCAGGCUAUGGAAAGUCACAACUCGAGCCGUAUAUGACACCGAAAGGGGAACACGUGGCAUACCCGAAGGCUAAUUCUCCUAAGGUACCAACAAAGCCGGUGAACCCGAAGGACUAUCCUAAAUUGCCAUCAAAGCCCGUGGUACCUAAAAAGGAACAAUAUGAGAAGAAUUAUCCUAAGUUGCCAACUAAACCCGUGGUUCCUAAAAAGGAACAAUACGAGAAGAAUUAUCCUAAGUUGCCAACGAAACCCGUGGUACCAAAGAAGGAAGGAGGUUAUGGAAAGAUCGACCCCAAGAUGCCAUCAAAGACGCCCGUGUUACCAAAACCAGGACAUGAAGGUUACGGAAAAACCUACCCUAAGGCGCCAGUGCCAUCGCUACCCAAGGUGCCAGAGCACCCAAAGAACAUAGCUGUUCAAGGUCUUAUCUAUUGUAAAUAUGGUGCCAAACUCCUUCCACUUCAAGGGGCGACAGCCCGAGUGACUUGUUUGGCCGUGCACAAGAACGGAUAUGAAUCAGCACCAUUUUCAUUUUCAAGUCGUCCAGCAGACAAAAAGGGAUACUUCUUAGCCAAAAUACCAACAUCAAAGCUCGUAAAAGACGAUUUAUGGGAGAUAGUCGAGUGCAAGGCUUUCCUCGAAAAGUCACCAUGGACUAGCUGCAACAAUCCUGAAGAUACGAAUGGAGGAAUUAAGGGCGCUCAUCUAACAUUUUCUCGUCAUCUCAACAGCAACGGAUACUGUUUGUCGUCUGUUGGUCCUUUUAUAUACAAUCCCGGACACGAAUCUUUGCCUAAAGAAGGUUAUUAG